AUGCCUGAGACCUUCCGCCGCUACGAGGAGCGUGACGUCUACUACGAUGAUGAACCGCCAAGAGGCCCUCCCAUGCGGAGACCGCCUCCUCCCCGCGACGAAGAGGUCUACUACGAGCGCAGGGAGGAGAGACGGUCGCGCACCCCUCCUCCUCCCAUGGCCCGGCGCAGCGAUGUUCAGGUUGCCGUCCGGGAAGAGGUAGAACGCGAGUCUAGGGUGCCCCAUUUCAUGCGCGAUGAGUCCCGUCGACCACCUGAGGCAGGGCCCUUGGUCCUGCGCCAGCGUGACGUCGAGACGGUUGAGCGAGCUAGGCCGCGGCCAAGGUCUCCUUCACCCGUCGUGAGAGAGCGCAUUGUCACCAAGACAAGGGCGAGGAGCGUCAGCCCUGGACCCCCACCGCCGCCGCCCCCGCCGCCAGAGAUCCGUGAAAGGGAAGAGAUCCGCACGCGGGUUGUCGAUCACUCCCGGGAGCGGGUACGGAGCCCGAGCCGGGGGCCGGCCAUGGACCGAGUGCGUCUCGGCACACGGAUCAUCGAGCGGCCUGACCGUUCACCCAGCCCGCCUCCGGUCAUGGAACGCACCCGCACGCGAGUUAUUGAGAGGGAAAGGUCGCCAUCUCCGAGGCCCCUCCCGCCACCUGAGAUCGAGAGGAGUAGGCUCAGGAUUAUCGAGCGGGAACGUGAGCGGGCUCCCACGCCGAGUCCAAGCCCCUCGCCUCCUCCGCCUGAGCCGCAAGUCAUCAGGGGCCCAACUAUCGAGAGAGAAGUCAUUACCCAUUAUCGAGACAUUGAUCACGGCUUGGUUGUGGCACGACCGCCGUCUCCUCCACCGCCACCCCGCCGAGUUGAAAAGCGAGAAACAGACAUCGACAUCUACCACGGUCGCAAUGAGACCGAGAUUGACAUCACCAAAACGCGGUCUCAAUCACGCUCACGAGCACGGUCGGUGUCCCGGGAACGGCCCAGGGUCUCGUACGACCCUCCUCCAGCCCGCGAUCACUCAUACUACCACGAAGACGAUAUCAUGAUCUCCAGUGGACGUGACAAACUGAAGGUCGACAUUGAGCAUGAGCACCGGAGCUCGUCGGCUCGGCCUCGCUCACAUUCCGCUGCGCCGGGCUAUGAUGAUGAGGCCGACAUGAUCAGGGGCAGGAUUGAUUCACGCGGUCGCAUGGGCGAGGCCUGGGGCGGAGCCACCAAAGACUGGGUGGUUGUCGAUGUUCCACCUGGCACCGAAAGAGUGCGCAUGGAUGGCGUUGGUGGUGGUGCUGCUGAGCUGACCUGGCAGCGGUACAAUGGUGCUCGCCGGUCAAAGUUCAUCCCUGAGCGAGCCAGUGAAAGUGCACUGGUGCCCUUGUCGCCCCCUACUUCUUCGUCCACGACGGUCAUCUCCGACCGUGAGGCGUAUGCUCCUCCUCGCGGUGACAGGGAGCGUGAUCGAUUGAGCGUUCAGAUCUAUGACAAGGAACGCGAACGCGAACGAGACGUAGAGGUCGAGAAAGUUACUGAUAGGCGUAUCAGCCUGCGGCCUACACCCCCGCCGCCUGCACCCAUGCCGAAGAGUAGGGACAUGUGGACCGAGGUCACCAAGGAUCUUGUUGUCAGAGAAGCCAUUGAUGAGCUCGGUUAUGACUAUGAGGAGACCGAGCAAUUCUUCUACGUGAUGCAAUAUCUGAAAUAUGAGGACGUCCUUGAACUGGUCGAGAUAUCGGACCGCAUACGAGCCCGGAGAAAGGACCGUAUUCGAGAGAUCCAGUAUGAGCGCGAAGUCCGCGACGAUUGGGAGCGCGACCGCCGUCAUCACCGCCACCGUCCCAGGUGGGAUGAUGAGCGGGAGAGGGUCGUCGAGCGAGAGGUCGUGUACGACACUGGCCGCCCACGGAGAUUCUACCGACAGAACACGCUCCUCCCCAUCGUCCGAUUGGCCAAAAGCGUCGAAGACAAAGACCCGGCCGACUUGAUAUACCAGCGCCUGCACCAGUGGCAGACCCGGAAGCUAGACGAAUACAGGUUUGUCCAGCUCUCGGCAAGCCUGCUCGCGGCGGCGGUGAUAGGCUCCUUCUCGUGGCCGAUCCCAGACACCAUCCACUGGCUCGGCCCGGCGUCGUGGUAUGCCUCACUCAUCAUGUCCUUCUGCGCGGUCCUCCUGUCGUCCUCCGAGCACUUCCUGUACGCCGCCUCCAGGGACACCACGCAGCACCCGGACCUCAGGAGGCGGCUGAACAUGGUCGUGAGGAUCAAAGGCGGCGCGCCGGGUGACCUGCUCAUCUCCACGGCCCCUCCUCCUCCCGACCCCGCCGUCCAGCCUCAGGCUGCGGCGCAGGGCACCACCACUGGGCCCGCGGGAGGGCAGAACACUGUCACCCCCGCGACGCCGCCUGUCUGGGCCGAGGUGCGGUGGAAUAUGGUGUUUACAUGGCAGGCGCCUAUGAUGCUGCUGUCGUACUCCCUGAUCGCCUUCGUCAUGGGCUUGACGAUGUGUAUUCUCACGCCGCUUUAUGACGGCCGGGAAUACGACGACGCCUGCAAGAUCGCGAUACUCUACAUCGUCUUCUCAAUCUUUGCUGGCGUUACCUUUGUGUGGUGCUCUUUCUGGGAGUAUAUGUUUAUCGAUCUUGGUGACAUCUAA